AUGAGUUUUACGGAGAUGAGAUUUCAAGAGCUUAAAAAUUCACUGUUGACACACAAUGGUGAAUUGUGUAGGCUGUCAAAAAAACUUUCUGCAACUAGAUUUUAUGUUUUUGUUUUUAAGUCUUACAAUCUUAUGACCCAAAAAAAUCUUAAAGCGCAAAGACAGCCGCACAAAAACAUUAAAAGUUGUAGGACGUAA